GAGCGGAACAUUAGUCCGCGCAUCAACAACGUUGAGCCUCCAUUUACGCCGUUCAGCGAAGGCGUCGCCGGCGCCGCCCCAAAGAGUCCAACCUUCAAUCUCUUAGUCGGAGCAGCCUUUAUAGUCCAUACUAAGGACUCUGUCGUUGAAUCUGAUGUGCUUCAACCAUUUGAAAUGGUCGGCGUAAGAUCUGAGGUAAUCGAGAACUCGAUUUUAUCUCGGAAAUUCUUCAGUCACCGAUUUUGGCCAGGGGAAAUCGGAGAACUGAAACAACUCUUUGGACGUCUGCAGCGCCGUCGUCUCCUCGGUCCAAACGCCGCCAAUGGCGCCUCUGGCCUCGAAGACAAUGGGAGUGAAUUUGCAGGCCGCGAAUCCGCUUAUUCCGGCGCCGAUUAUCGCGACUUUAUUUGGUUACAUCGUUUCUAAAAUGAAUGUGAAUUUCCCUCUUUUUUAUUAUUUGUUCGUUUUUGUUUGAUUAGGUGGAAAUUUACUUCGGUCAGACUAAGUCAACGGUAAUGACGUGGCAUGAGUUGAUUGGGUGUUUUUCAAUACAGUAAAGAAGAGCCGCCCGUAGAGAAGCAUACAUCUCCUUCUUCAACCCACCGUCGCAUUCAGAUAAUUUUCAUUUCGACGAAUUGAAGGGACGAAUCCCGCAAAUUCGAAGCGUGUCGUGCUCGAUUCCUUCUGGAUACUUAGGGGACUGAAGUUUACUGGGCUAAGAAUCGCCAUGGCUUUAAACCUUCGCCAGAAGCAAACAGAAUGUAUCAUUCGAAUGUUGAAUUUAAACCAGCCGGUGAACUCAACAUCGACCGGGAACGAAGAAGAGGUUUACAAGAUGUUGAUCUUCGAUAGAUUUUGCCAGAAUGUAUUGUCCCCUUUGAUUCAUGUUAAAGACCUUCGAAAACAUGGGAUUACGCUUUAUUUUCUCAUCGACAAGGAUAGAAAACCUGUUCACGAUGUUCCCGCAGUCUAUUUCGUCCAACCGAGUAAGAACAACAUAGAUAGAAUUGUUGCUGAUGCUUCUCGCUUCCUCUAUGAUAAUUUUUACUUGAACUUCUCUUCUUCUAUUCCUCGUCCUCUUCUUGAGGAUCUCGCAUCUGGUACGCUGAAUUCGGAUUCGAUACAACGAAUCUCGAAGGUGCACGACCAGUAUUUGGAGUUCAUUACAUUGGAAGAUAAUUUGUUUUCGUUAGCACAGAAGAAUAUAUAUGUCCAAUUGAACGAUCCCUCUGCUGGAGAUCGUGAAAUUGAGGAGAUUAUAGAGAGAAUCGUGAGUGGAUUGUUCAGUGUUUUGGCUACGCUUGCUGUUGUGCCUGUUAUUCGAUGCCAACGAGGAGGGCCGGCGGAAAUGGUUGCCUCGGCAUUGGAUCAGAGGUUGAGAGAUCAUUUGUUGUCGAAGAACAACUUGUUUACAGAAGGUGGGGGCUUUGCUAGCUCCUUCCAGCGUCCGAUUUUGUGUCUGUUUGAUCGAAAUUUUGAGUUAUCUGUAGGAAUACAGCAUGAUUUUAGGUACAGACCUUUAGUUCAUGAUGUUCUAGGAUUGAAGCUGAAUAGACUGAGUGUGCAGGGUGAAAAGGGUGGGAUGAAAUCAUAUGAAUUAGAUAGUUCAGACCCAUUUUGGGUAGCCAAUGGGUCUUUAGAAUUUCCAGAAGUUGCAGUGGAGAUUGAAACUCAGUUGAAUAAGUAUAAGAAAGAUGUUGAUGAGGUGAAUAGAAGAACUGGUGGGACUGAUGGAGCUGAGUUUAAUGGAACAGAUUUGAUUGGGAACACAAAGCAUUUGAUGAAUGCUGUAAACUCAUUGCCAGAAUUGACUGAAAGGAAGCAAAUUAUUGAUAAGCAUACAAACAUUGCUACUGUAUUGUUGGGUGAGAUCAAGGAGAGGUCUCUUGAUUCAUAUGCUAAGAAGGAGAACGAUAUGAUGUCCCGAGGAGGUAUCGAUCGGAACGAGCUCUUGAGUGCACUCAAAGGGAAGGGUACGAAGACGGAUAAGCUCCGAUUUGCUGUUAUAUAUCUUAUCUCUUCUGAAAGUAUAAACCAAUCUGAAGUGGAAGCUGUGGAAGCUGCCCUGAGGGAAUCGGAAGUUGAUAUUAGUGCAUUUCAGUAUGUUAAGAAGAUCAAGUCGUUGAAUGUUGCAUUCACAUCAGCAAAUUCAGCUAGCAGAAGCAACAUUGUGGAUUGGGCUGAGAAACUCUAUGGACAGUCGAUUAGUGCAAUGACUGCUGGUGUUAAAAAUCUUUUGUCUAGUGAUAGGCAGCUUGCACUGACUCGGACGGUAGAGGGGUUGAUGGAAGGAAAACCGAAUCCCGAAAUCGAUACUUUUCUUACGUUCGAUCCACGUGCGCCGAAGUCGAGUUCCGGAACGAGUAGCAGCCAUUUGAAAGGACCAUUCAAAGAAGCUAUUGUGUUCAUGAUUGGAGGGGGUAACUACGUCGAGUACGGGAGCUUGCAAGAGCUGGCAACAAAUCAGCAGCCCGUCAAACAUAUCAUAUAUGGUAGCACUGAAAUCCUCACUGGAGUCGAGUUCGUCGAGCAGCUUUCGUUGUUGGGGCAGAAGAUGGGACUUGGCAAUGUUACUGCUGCUACUGCUCCUCCUCCUCCUCCAGGUCGUUAACUCAACUCCCUUCUGUUGAAUUUAUUUGUUCAUUGCAGUGCCUUAGAUUAGCUAGUUCAUUAAAGAAAUUGGUGCAUAUCUGAAGCAAUUCUGGAUAAGAACAUUUCGGAUUAUAGUAUCUGCCCCCCUCAGUCGUUUUCGAGGCUGAUUCGUGUUCUUGAAAUCAGACUUUCGAUUAGCCUCGACCUCCGAUAAUCCGGGACGAAUGCCUUUUUGUAGAUGUUGUUGUUAGUUUAUCCACUUCAAGAACUUUUUGUAUUCUUUGGAAGCUUUAUGCAUUUGGGAAUUCACUUGCCAAACAUUCUUUUGUCGAAGCUUGACGCCUAAAGUUCAUCGUUAAAUGAUUAUAUCUACAAAGAUUAUAACCA